CGGAUUCUCUCUGGAAUGCGCAAAACGCAGCCGCAAAUUUCAUCGCAUUCUCGCGUUGUGGUCGAUUAACAAAGUCCUCUUUAAUAAAUACAAAAGACAAAAUGGAUGACAAUGAUGGACCCUAUUAUGGAGGGACCAGUCCAUUGAAGUUGUGGCUUUUACGGAUCUGGUUCUUGAUUACGUUCCUUGCAGUUUCGAUUGCAUUUAUCUUGGGUCUUGUUAAGGCUAAAGAUGAUCCAGUGCUAUAUCUACUAGUAGUCAACUUACUAGUGAGUGGAAUAAUUGGUGCAACUAUUGCUUGGUGGUUUCAUAAGGAUAAAAUUAAGUCGCAGAGCCUUUGCUUUGUACUUUUUGUUGGCAUUUGUAUUGUGUUCCAAGCAGUAGUAUCUGAUGUGUAUCUUUAUCAUAAUCCAAACACAUCGAGUAAUGGAGAUUUGAACCCAGUGAAUGUGAACAAUGCCAGCUCAAUAAUAAGUCCAUCAACUCCUGCACAGCUCAUGGCACAAAUGACAAAUGCAAUUCACUAAUGACUUAUGCAAUUAUUAUGCCAUGGCAUGGCAUAUGAAAUAUGACAUUCCAUUUUACCAGGUUUUCACUUGAAUGUGAGAAUCACAAAUAUACCAUAAUUGUAGAAUAUGUAAGUGUCAUCUGUGAUGAUUAUAUAGAAAUUAGAAAAAUCCAAUCCCCUGUGAUUUAUAAUUAAAGCUAUUAAAAUUAUCAAUCUUAACU